UCAAGUGACCACAAAAAACCCUCUGUAAUUCUACAUCGAUCUCUUUCACCUGAAAUCAUCGGAUAUUCUGUGGCGAAGUCAGGGGAAUCGGGCCGAGGUCCCUACGCUUCUUGCAGCCGUCAUCUGAAGGAAGGUGGUAUAAUCAAAAUGGCGUUGCCAGUAUUGAAAGAAUUCUUGUGCGGCAUGUCCGUCAGGACAGGCGCUUUAAUCAUAGGAUGGUUGUGUUUGAUAAAUUCCUUGUUUACCUUGCUGCCUGUAAUUAUUUACACAGGCAUGUACUUAGAAAUGUCCACUGAUCAAGAGAACAAGCUCAUCGAUUGGCUGACAAACGAGACAGAACAGAAAAUUUACGGCAACGAAUCUGUUUCACCAAUCGGCCAUAGUGACAAUGAGGAGUUUGUGAGAAAUGCUAUGGAAGGGACUGUUCUUUUUCUCAUCUUGUCAGGACUCAUCAGUGUCAUUGCUGCUACUAUGCUGAUCUGCGGUAUUCACAAGAAAAACGGCUGCCUUAUGCUGCCAUGGCUCGUCCUGGAUGCCAAGUCCUGCAUCCUCACCUUCCUCACGUUUGUCUUUUGGCUCAUCAUCAUGCCAUUUUCCAAAGUGUCAGCCGAUGGGCAUUUCUUGACAGACUUAUACACUAAAGCGGCCAUCACUUGCAUCCUUUUCUUCUCUGUCGUUGUUCCGGCUUAUGCUUUCUUGGUAGUCUACACCUGUUACCGUAAUGCAAAGUAUGAAAGGAGUCAAUAUGACAACUCUUUCCAAAAGUUGUAACCCAUUUUAAAAAUAUUAUUUUAUUUUUAUUUUUUCCUUUCUCAUAAUAAAAUCUUUAUUAACAAUGACUAUCAUAUAAUAUAUAUAUUGAAUUUGUGAUUUAUAUAAAAUGUAUAAUGUAAAGUAUUUUUAAACAAUGAACAAAAACAAAACGUGUUUAUAAGAAAUAAUUUUUCUUAGCGAGGCUGUAAAAAUAAAAUAUAUAUUUAGAAAAAAUCAAUGUAAUACUCAUGAUGGAUAUUUGUUCUAUUAAUGUUAAUGAAAUAUUCAAAAUUGAAUCUCACCAUUAUUUUAAAAAGGAAAAUUUUAUUUUGUAUCAGUGAAACAUUAGUUUAUUAGAACAUUAAAAAACAACUACCAAAA